AUGAUGCCAAAGACCGCUUUUACCGUUCUCGCCCUUGCCACUCUAGGCUCGGCUGCCAGCAUCCUCCCCAUCAAGGUUGACCAACCCAACACCCCUCAACCACGAAACCCAGAAUUGGUUAACUCGCGAGAUCUCGAGACCAACGAUGUGCGCCCCGAUCCCCGUGGCCUGAUCCAGGUUCAGGAGUGCACUGUCACCGGGUGCGAUAAGAACGACAAGAGAAGCAGCAACAGCGAUAGGACCAGGCCGUUCCACUUCUCCAGCAAUCUCGGUGAUAGGAAUGCCGAAGCUCAAGAGGCAGGAAAGAAUGGCGACUUUGCCUCGAGAGGAUUCCAGGCCCAAGAAUGUGGCAUUACUGGCUGUCUCGAGAAGGUCCGGGAUGAAGCCCGCCAGCUUGAGGACUACUAUCGCGAGAAGAGGCAGGAAUAA